UCACACACACACACACAGCCUCCUACACACACACACACACACGCGCGCACACGCAUGCAUGCACACUGUGCUGAGCACCAGCAAGGAGCUUUAAACCGUUUCCCCACAAACUCAGACAAAGGCGCCCUAACCUGCCACCAUGGAGGAGAACAUGGAUGAUUCCCAAAGCCAGAAAGGCUGUAAGGAGUGCUGUGAGCGAUGUGUGGGCAGUCUGCCCUGGGCUUCCCUCAUCGCCACCAUCCUCCUCUACAUGGGCGUGGCCUUGUUCUGUGGGUGUGGCCACGAGGCCUUGAGUGGCACCGUCACCAUUCUGCAGAACUACUUUGAGGUCAUCAGAACCCCCGGACAAACGCUGGACGUCUUCACCAUUAUUGACAUCCUGCAGUACAUCAUCUACGGCCUGGCAGCUGGAUUCUUUGUCUUUGGAGUGCUCCUGCUGGUGGAAGCCUUUUUCACCACUGGAGCCAUCAGGGAUCUGUAUGGAGAGUUCAAGAUCACGGCCUGUGGACGCUGCCUGACUGCAUUUCUGAUGUUCCUGGCCUACGUCUUCUUCCUGGUCUGGCUUGGUGUGACGGCCUUCACCAGCCUGCCGGUCUUCAUGUACUUCAACGUUUGGUCCAUGUGCAAGAACACCAGCUUGCUUGAGGGUCCUAAAUUCUGUGUGGACCUACGCCAGUUUGGAGCUGUGACCAUAUCUGAGGAGAAGAAGCUUUGCACUGGAUCUGGGAAGUUCUUGCAGAUGUGCGAAUCCAACGAGCUGGACUUGACCUUUCACCUGUUUGUGUGCGCGCUGGCGGGAGCAGGGGCGGCUGUGAUUGCCAUGGUUCACUUCCUGAUGGCGCUAGCUGCUAACUGGGGCUACCUGAAGGAUGCCAGUCGGAUGCAGAAAUAUGAGGAUAUCAAGUCGAAGGAGGAGCAGGAGCUGCAUGACAUCCAUUCUACACGCUCCAAAGAACGCCUCAAUGCCUACACAUAAACACCAUACACUCGUUUACCCGAGACACACACACACACGCACACACACACGCACACAAUGGUCCGAGACACACACACACACGUGUGCAGCACACACAACAUGCAUACAAGGAUAGCAGAAAUAUACACAUCAUUCAACUGAAAAGGUUUGAAAGACACUGAAGUCCUCCUUUGUCCCCAGCUGAUCUUUUGCUGAAGUGGUCUGUGCUGACAUGCUAGACAUGGCAGUCAGCCAUUUUUGUUUGUUUGUUUGUUCAUUUUUUACUGGGAAUAGUACUAAUCUUAAAUUUGCCAGAUAUCUGCCCAUCAUUCCUCCAGUCCAUCAGGACGGUGAAGUAUUAGGGGGCCAAAAUCUUUUUUGGGAGAAUAUAGUAGCUGGAUGUGCAACACUAGCAAGUCUCGAAGUACAGACCCAUCCAUCCAAAUCAAAAUGAAAAGAAAUACCAAAAAAAGCCAAAGAUUCCAAAGAAAUGUGAAGUGAAUUAUGUUUAUAUAGCGCUUUUCUCUAGUGACUCAAAGCGCUUUUACGUAGUCAAACCCAAUAUCUAGGUUACAUUUAAACCAGUGUGGGUGGGCGCUGGGAGCAGGUGGGUAAAGUGUCUUGCCCAAGGACACAACAGCAGUAACUCGAGUGACAGAAACGGGAAUCGAACCUGGAACCCCUCCACCAACCGAGCUAUACCGCCCCAAAUGUCCCAACUACGGUUGUUUAUUUUAAAGAUCAUAGCUACUGUUUCUCAUUUUUAACUUUUAAAAAGACUUCGGGAAACAAGCGCAGUCGUACCUCAACUUCCAAGCUUAAUCGGUUCUGUGGCGUCACUCUCAACUCGAAACACUUAUAUCUGAAAUCAAGGUCUCCCAUUGGACUGAACUGAAAUCAAGUUAGAGUACCACUGAUAGUCACAAUCACAUUAGGUGUGGUGAAAUUACCCUCUGCAAUUUGACCCAUCCCCCUUGUGCCACCCCCUAGGAGGUGAGGGGAGCAGUGAGCAGCAGCGGUAGCCGCGCCCGGGAAUCAUUUUUGGUGAUUUAACCCCCAAUUCCAACCUUUGAUGCUGAGUGCCAAGGAGGGAUGUAAUGGGUCCCGUUUUUAUAGUCUUCGGUAUAUGACUCGGCCGGGGUUUGAACUCGCGACCUGCCUAUCUCAGAGCGGACACUUUAACCACAAGGCCUGAAGUCAACAGUGCAUUUUGAACAUGCUUUUUAAAAACAAACUUUUACAAAAUAAAUAUUGGAUAAAAACAAUACAAUAGAACAGGGGUAGGGAACCUAUUGCUCUAGAGCCAGAUGUGGCUCUUUUGAUGACUACUUAUGGAUCUCAGAUAAUUUAUAUAGCGCUUUUCUCUAGUGACUCAAAGCGCUUUACAAAGUGACACCCACCCAAUAUCUAAGUUUCAUUUAAACCAGUGUGGGUGGCACUGGGGUCAGGUGUGUAAAGUGUCUUGCCCAAGUACACAACGGCAGUGACUAGGAUGGCGGAAGUGGGAAUCGAACCUGGAACCCUCAGGUUGCUAGCACGGCCACUCUACCAACCGAGCUAUGCCGAGUAACCGUGUAAUACUCUUCCAUAUCAGUAGGUGGCAGUCGGUAGCUAAUUGCUUUGUAGAUGUGGGAAACAGCGGGAGGCAGAGUGCAGGUAAAAAGGUGUGUAGUGCUUAAACCAGGGGUAGGGAACCUAUGGCUCUAGAGCCAGAUGACUGCAUAUGGCUCUCAGAUCAAUCUUAGCUGACAUUGCUUAACACGAUAAGUAAUGAAUAAUUCCGCUGGUAAUCACAGUUUCAAAAAUAACGUUCAAAUUAUUAAACAUUCUCAUGCAUUUUAAUCCAACCAUCCGUUUUCUACCGCACCUGUUCAAGAUGUCGUAUUAAUGGUAAGAAGUAUUAUAUGUAUUAUUGGUUAACUUUUAUAAUAACAAUGUUGUUAAAAAGAAUAAGAGACUUAUUAUACUCUACAAAUGUUGGUCAUACUUAAAAAUGCACAAAUUUAGUUGUAUUCAGUGUUGAAAAAUGUUAAAUGGCUCUUACGGAAAUAUAUUGUGAAAUAUUUGGCUUUCAUGGCUCUCUCAGCCAAAAAGGUUCCCAACCCCUGCAAUAGAAUGUACUGCUGACAACUACUGUAGUUAUCUGAAGUAAUGUAACAAUAAUGCACAAUAUUUACCUUGGCGAGUGGACUUUAUCAAUCAAUCAAUCAAUCAAUGUUUACUUAUAUAGCCCUAAAUCACGAGUGUCUCAAAGGGCUGCACAAGCCACAAAUACAUGCUCAUAUCCCACAUCAGGGCUAGAAAAAACUCAACCCAAUGGGAUAACAAUGACAAAGGAGGGGACCAACAAUGUUUUCAUGGAUAGACGUCCGCCGUUGAGCUAUCAUUCAAACGUCAUUGGCGGGUGUUAGACUCAUUCUGUAGUUCACACACACUUCCUUCCUUCCAAUGGCUAGAAAAACAAAGUUAUGUUGAUCUCUCGCUUUAAGCCAAUGCUAGCAAGUAACAUACAUGCUAACUUGAGUUUUGCCUCCAAGUGAAAGCACAACAAUUAGCCCGGAAACAGCAGUCUUAAGUUGAGGUACAACUGUCAUCAAAGUGAUGUGUUAAUUCUAAAGUAAUUAAACAGAGUUAAUUGUUGAACACAAAUGUCAAUAUUAAAGCAAAUAUUGACUAUUCCCAAAAAGUCAACGCUGAAGCAACAAUCAGCCGGAGACAUGGAAGACCGCAGUGUCGAUGUUGACCUUUUCAAUGGGGGGGUGGGUGACUUGUACCCCCGCAUCAAGCACACGUACAGUACAGUACACUUACACAUACUGUAUUUGGAUGGGUGGUCAGUGUCGUGCGGUGGUGUUAUGCUGUGCUAUGUCGUUUCACCACAUGUUGAUGAGUGCUAUAUCGCAGAGGAAUAAGGUCCGCGGGAAAUUUGAAGUCCAAGUGGGUAUAGCUCGGCUAACUCCUGGACCCUCCUCAACCCCUUUUCCCAACUCUCUUCCGGAGCCCAAUUUCAUGACUUUUUUUCCCUGGAUGUAUCACAACUGCCAUUUUGCUUUUCAAAAAAAUGCACUCAAUUAGGCGGGUUGAAAUUGUUGAUUGACGAGACACGUAAGAACUUACCAAAGUUUGAAUAUUCUGUACUUGUUGGACUCGGACUACAAUAGCACUUAAGUGUAUUUCAAAAACAAGCGUGCAAUUGGGCUCCUCGUUCUCCCUCUCUGCUGAUCUUUGUACAAACUAUUGGUCGGUCCUCAGAAACAGCACAUCUUAGCAGCACAAAAUCUUUUUCGAGAUCAAGUCAUUGUCUAUAAAUUGUCGUUUUUUCUCACUUUUUUGCAAUUUUUGCCACCGUUUUUACCAGCAUUGUUAUGGUGUCAUUUUUGGCAUCGGGGCUACGUGGAGAGUGCACGUAUCUCGGGGGGGCUGGGGGGCAUGGGGGGGUCGUUAUCACUUUCACAGUUUCAUGUGAUUCUGCACACACAAAUACACAAAACACACACAUAUUUUUUGUGCGUAAACACCAAUCAUUGCGGAAGUUUGAUUCUAAGAUUUUAACCAAAAUGUCUCGUUUGUCAUGAGAUGUAGUCAAUUCCUCACUGGAAAACACAACAGUGAGAAGAGAUAGCUGUGAACUGACUAAAUAUUGUUGUUUAUUCGACUGUUUUGUAGUGUUUCACUACAAGUUUGACUUAUGUUUGAAUAUUGACCUCUUAUGGAGCAAGAUCUGAAUCAGAAAUGUUUCCCAAGGCAUGCUUAAUGUGAUAAUUAGUGAUGGGUCCAACUAUACUGUUGUGUGUGUUGUGUGUUUGUCACCUAAAGAAAGAGUGCCACUUUUGACGCCGCAAAAACCUGAAUGGAAUUACAAACAAAAAGAAAUUCUCAAGCGCGGGAUAAUUUGAAUAUAAUAGCGCCUAAAGAGGUAAAUUAUCUUUUUUCUAUGUACUACUUGGCUCAUUAAACAGAGUUGCAAGUUUAAUAUUACUUUUUUACACAGCUAUUCAUUUAAAAAUAAUUAUAUUUGCUGAUAAAUAUUCAUUUUAUUUGCUGACUUUUAAAUCCAGCAGAUGGCGCCUUAAUGAAACACCAGUAUCAAUACAUCCAGUGAGUGUGCCACAUACUCACUAUAGCAUAAUUUACCCAUCACUAAUAAUAAUUAAAAAAAACGAUAGUGAGCGAACGUAAGUCUCUAUCUGCCAGUAGAGAUGCUUGAACUAAUUAACGCAGAGGUGUCGAAGAACCUCGCUAAUAUGUUCGAUGAAAGGUGGCAAAUGUAAUGAUCAGGGCUGGGAAAGGUAACACACUAAUGUAUGUGAUUAAUAACAAAAAAUUAUUGCAUUAAUCAUGUAUGAACGCAGAUUGAUCGCACAAUGUAUUUUGACCACAAAUGCUAUUUUAUGUUAACAGCGGAUGGUUACCUGAAAGAAAACAUAAUAUGCAAGAUAAUUUGCAUAAAUUAUGCGUUCUAUGAAAGGUGGGAAAUGUAAGGAUUAGGUCUAAAGUAUUUGAUUAAUCACAAAAUUAUAGCAUUAUCAUAUAUAAACACAGCACAAUUUGGUUUUACCCACACAAACUAAUUUAGCCUAUGAAUACUUGAAAAAAAAAUAUAUAUAUAUGCAAGGUCAUUUGCAUAAAUUGUAGCGAUGAAUUUUCUUAUCAUUGAAUCUUAACAAGUUUACAAGAUUACCUGAAAUUACCAGACGAGCUUGUCAACAACAGGGAGUAUACCAUUGGCAAUGUUCUCAACAUAAGUACCACAGGCGCGACUCUUUUGUGGAAACUGCGAUUAAUCGCGAUCAAUCGACAUUCAAAAGAGUGAUUAACCUGUCUUUAGAAAUAAAUCAUUUGACAGCACCAAUAAUGAUAUCAAUCGUUUUGAUUCGACAUGUUCAAAACAGGCUAAACCAAUAUAGAUAUGCAAAUAUAUUCAAUAGAAAACAGACAAGUAUUAUUAUUGGUAUUAAUAACGACAUCAAUUCGAUAUUGUUACAUUACUCCUUUUUGCUGUGUUUGAAUUUUUAAAACCAUUUUUUUGGGGUAGUUUCUCUGUUUCAUUGUAUGUUUAUAUUAAGAUGUCACCAGCCAAUGAAAAACAAGCAGAGAGCCACAACUAUUGUUAUUUUUGCCCCUCGUUCCUGGCGCCCACUUGUUUACAUAAAAACAGCAGUUUCCUGUAAAUGUACUGUGUUAACUUUAUUCCCCGAAAAAUCCAGCACAGAUAUUGCAGCGCAUCGGUAGUCAUUAAGGCAGAAAAUAGCAGAAGGUCCCAUGUUUGACCUUAUUUUCUACAAAAUGUAUUUUAUUUUGCAAAAACAAAAUGGGCCUCGUUUUGGAAAAUUUCCCCUUAUUUCUAAUGCAAAUUUUAACAGGUAUGUGUAGAUGGCUAGCGGGAUUAAUGACUUUAUGACGAGACAACAAGCAAGAAUAUUCACACACACACACACACACAAACACACACACACACACAAGCCGAUCAUUGCCAUCCCUCUGAGCCAUAACUCUUUUACUGAUCACCAAACAUUUCACUAUUUUACUAACAACUUUUAUUCCUUUCAUUUUUAAAAUAAUGUGAAGUCAUUUAAAUACAAAAAAUGUGUUUUUUUCCCUCAGCAGUAUUAUGCUGUUUAUUGUGUAUAAAGCUAUACAGUACAUAAAUGUGAAAAGGCCGAGAGAGAGAGAGAGAGAGAGAGAGAGAGAGAGAGAGAGAGAGAGAGAGAGAGAGAGAGAGAGAAGCUGAUUCCUGAUAGGAUUUGAUUCAGUAUCAACAUCCAAACUGCCUUUACACACACACACAAACAAAAUAGAACUAAAGUUUACCAAAUAAACUAUACACAAUCCUUAUGGAUUUUAAAUGUUCAUCCAAAUUGCAAUAAAUUCGGUGCAAGAUGUAAAAAAAAUGAGGGAAUUCAACCUUAAAUAAAAAGUUUUUUUCCCAGAUUCAACAUCGGAUACAUACAAGGUGUGCUAUCGUGUGUGUGUGUGUAAACGCGUUCAGACAAAGAGAGGACUGAUGGUGUGUUCAGGUUCAGUCAGUAUUUUUAAGGGUCUAGUUUUACAGUAACAGUAUUCUUUCAUUUCAUUGCCUGACAAUGGAUGUCUUGUCAGUGUUUUUAACCUCAGAUAAAAAAAAAAGAAAAAAAAAAAAAAAGAGUUGUUUUUGUGCACUUAUUGGCCAUUGUGAGCUCUCUAUCUCUUUAUUCUUGGUGUGUAAGUGCAUUGACAUCCCCCCUCGGUGGGACUCGCGUAUAGUCUUGCAGCACUGGUUAUAUAACCUGAAGAAAUAACAAAGAUGAAAAAUUCAGUUCAUACAAAUGAAAGAAAAAUCUUAUUCUUAGGUUAAAAAAAAAAAAAAAAAAAAAAAAUGAAAGUGAAUCUAGAUGUUGUUUGUGGCAUGGUUAUGCAUUCAAGUGGUCAUAAUUUUGACGAUGAAACAGUAUUGAAAAACCAAGAGAAAAAAACAAAACAUUCCACUGGCGCUGUUCUGCUCUUUUUUUUUUUUUUUUCAUUCUUCAGCUUGCAGUAUUGCAGUCGCUGUUGGUAAUGGUGUUGCUACGCUCGUUAGCCUGUUUCGUUGUCUACUACCAGAGCAAUAUGUUGUACCAGUUGGACCAAAAUAUGAAUAAAUAGUAAUCCUAACCUUACAUUUUUGGCAUACAAGUGCAUGGCAAAACAAUGCAAGUCUUACGUGGUAUGAUCCAUGGUGUUAUUUAUCGGUUGUUUUUGACAGAUCUGCAGCUGUGAUGUAAUGUAUUGCUCUGGACGCCCGUUACUCGCCAAUCAGCUCACAUCCUUGACACUGCAACUCCUAAAUCGUGUCGUCUUCCUGUCCUUGGGACGACGCCUUUACCCAGCGAACAAGCACAAGGUCAAAGCGACAAAUAUACAACUGCAGCUCGUAAAAAGGAUAUUGGAUGACUUGGUUCUCGCCCGUCCAUACGUUUAAGUCAGGACUUUGGGAAGGCUGUCCUAAAACCUUAAUUCUAGCCUAAUUUAGACAUUCCUUUACCACUUUUGACGUUGUCCUGUUGGAAGACCCAACUGCGCCCAAGACCCAACCUCCGGGCUGAUGAUUUUAGGUUGUCCUGAAGAAUUUGGAGGUAAUCCUCCUUUUUCAUUGACCCAUUUACUCUCUGUAAAGCACCAGUUCCAUUGGCAGCAAAACAGGCCCAGAGCAUAAUACUACCACCACCAUGCUUGACUGUAGGGUGGUGUUCCUUGGUUUAAAGGCCUCACCUUUUCUCCUCCAAAUAUGUUGCUCGAUAUUGUCUUGUUCACGAGUGAGGGAAGAAUGGAUUGUGAGAUCGACAGGCGGAUUGGUGCGGCUUCUUCAGUAAUGCGGACGUUGUAUAGAUCCCUUGUGGUGAAGAAGGAGCUGAGCCGGAAGGCAAAGUUGUCAAUUUACCGGUCGAUCUACAUUUCCAUCCUCACCUAUGGUCAUGAGCUUUGGGUUAUGACCGAAAGAAUAAGAUUACUGGCUGAAAUUAGUUUCCUCCGCCGGGUGGCGGGGCUCUCCCUUAGAGAUAGGGUGAGAAGCUCUGUCAUCCGGUAGGAGCUCAAAGUAAAGCCGCUACUCCUCCACAUCGAGAGGAGACAGUUGAGGUGGUUCGGGCAUCUGGUCAGGAUGCCACCCGAACACCUCCCUAGGGAGGUGUUAAGGGCACGUCCGACUGGCAGGAGGCCACGGGGAAGACCAAGGGCACGUUGGGAAGACUAUGCGUGGCAACGCCUUGGGAGCCCCCGGCAGGAGCUGGACGAAGUGGCUGGGGAGAGGGAAGUCUGGGCUUCCCUGCUUAGGCUGCUGCCCCCGCAUCCCGAUCUCGGAUAAGCGGAACAUAAAGUAUCGAAAUAAGCUAAAGUAAAAAAAAUAGUAGUCAUUAAGAGUGUAACGUAUACACCGCCAUCUUCAUCCAGUUUUAAUGGUUUGUUCCAUUUGUACUGGGGAGUCGGAAUCCCAAGUCGGAAGUUUCAACUGGAAUGACCCCCAAGGUCGGAUUUCUUACUCGGAAAGUCCUCGCCAAACUUGGCUUUCAAAGAUGGCUUCUCCGAGUGUAAUCAAAAAUAGAAGCUUUCGUAAAAUCCGUCUUUUUCACUUCCUACAAUUUCUAUCGCACUAUCAGCCACAUACGGUGUAUGGUUGGACUUAUAUUUAUAUAUAGUAAUGUUAUUCUUGUUUGAAUUACCUUUUUUCGUUUGGUAUAUGCAUGUGCAUUGCUAGCAAUGGCAUCUUUGAAUUUUUUUCCAUCCAUUGUGAUUGACGUUUGCAGAAGGAGCACAUAUUUGUCCAGAAUUUGUUUAUAGAAUACCUUUCGUGGUUGUGGCCAUCUUGAGUUCCGACCUCGUAAAAGGAAUGCCAGUAACUCUGUCGUUCACAUUUCCGACGUGCAACUUCCGAGCUUAGCUUAGCUUAGUUUAGUUUAGCUUGUAGCUUCGUUCCUCAUCUUUACUGAACAAUGGCAGUACGCUACUUUCCUCUUAUCGAUUUUUUUUGUGUGCGUUCUACCGAGCAUUCAGGCCAACUUGUACAGAGGACACUCCUCAUUGACACGACUGCUAGCCAAAAAGUAUUAACGAGUAAACUCAUGGCGCGACAAACACUUCCUGUUCCACACGUUUUCAGGAAAACCGUACGUCUCUGAACUGAACUUUCCGCACCUAAAAAUUAAAUUAGAAAAUUUUGCGUUACACCCGUACUUAGGUCGUUAGCCGUGAUGCUAACAAGAUGGCGUAAAGAAACGAACACAAUAAUGAGAUUAUUGAACUGUAGAAGAGGAUGUGAGCUGUUUGCGUCUUGUUUGUUUGACUUUUCCUGUUCUAUCCACAACUUCUUGUUAAAAAAAACAAAACAAAAAAACAACAACAAUGUAUGUAUCGACACAAAAUGAUAAUCCCGCGUCCUUCUUGUCUGUCCACUGCUGAACUGGACUCACACUCUUCCUCCAUCUUCGUAUGUGUUGUGUGGAAUUUCAGCAUGAAGCAAACCUUCCAAAAAAAAAACAACAACAAAAAAAACACCUUAAACAGAAUUCCUGAUGUGCGGCUCUAAAAGGUCGGCUCUGAAUCAAGGAUGAAAAAUCGGUGCCUGAAUAAAUUGAGCUCUUGUCCAUCACGAGCUGGUCAGUAGACAGACAAGCAGAGUCUGCAACCCUUACCUAUCUACACAUAAUCAGGUCGGACAUUUUGGACGUAGGGAGAUGUGGUUUUUUUUUUGUUUCCAUCGUAGAUUUUUGUACUCCACUCUGGUCGCUUAGUAGCUUUGUUCGAUUCACUCCCCUAUUUUGUACAUAUCUGUGCCAAGAGCUUGGGCAGACAGUGGCUUUUUUAUUUGUAAAGACAUAAAUUUGCUUGCAUAUAUAAAUAAAAGGAAAUACUACACUUGUGUACUUGUUAAUAAGGAAACUACA